AUGGCCGAUUUUCGGAAACUUGCACUCGAGUUCGUGCUCAGCGACGAUACUGAGAGACAAACAGCAAUCACACAGGAGGCAGCUUCGGGUCUGUAUAUGGCCAUUCCUACCCUUUCACCAACCAUGCAAACAGCUGACAUGACCCCAGAGAUCCAGUCAGCACCCAGACCUAGCAAUCCAGUUGCAAGAUGGGUAGAAUCUAUUCGACCCUGGAUGCCCAGCGCAAAUGAAGACCAGGAUGAUGGCGAUGGUGAUGUCAUUGCACGGUCCAAAGCUUUGAGUUUUCUAGCAGGGACUCUUGAGCAUCUGGAUCCCGCAUUCCUCAAAGCCGAUCAAACCAACCUCCUGGUGGCUUUUUUUGGAAGCAUGUUCAAGGUCGACCACAAGGCUGGCAUUAUGCCCGCUGCGAAGGCUCUUGACCGAACUGCUGGCAUGAAGACUUUCCAGCCACAAAAGGGAAACGACAUUAUCCAGAGUGUGUGCAGCCUUGGUGAUGAUUUCAAGUCCCAGGUCGCAGAAACCCGUGCAACAGUAUAUGAACUUCUGGACCAUCUUAUCACCAACCCGGAUGUAGCAAACGACUUGCAGUACCAACACGGCACAACCUCGGGCUUCAUCACGGAUCUUUUGCAACUAUGUCGCAAUGAGCGAGACCCUAAGUGUCUGAUGACUUGGUUCAAGAUUCUGAAGGUCUUUCUUUCAGACUAUUCCCCUGCACCGGAGGUCGUGGAUGAGAUUUUCAGUAUCUUUUCAGCAUACUUCCCCAUAUCGUUAAGGACAUCACAGCAUCCUUCGGGAAUCACAGCGGAUGAUCUCAAAUUGGCCUUGAGGGCUUGCUUUUCGGCACAUCAUCGUGUCGCUGACAAGGCUAUUCCAUACCUCCUUAGCAGGCUAGACCAGCCGGACAGUGUCAGUGUCAACGUCAAGGUUGACAUCCUCAAGACCAUGACCGCAUGUCUGAGCGGCUAUGAACAUGUUCAGCAAGGAGUCGCCCCCUUUACCAACAAGAUUUGGGACAGUCUCAAGUAUGAAGUCCGCAAUGGGGAGAUCGAGGACACCAUCAAUGCCACCUUGGAAGUCAUUCGAACAGUCGCCAAGAGACUUACCGGUGACGAGCUCAGGGAUUAUGCCCUGACUGUUCAGAGAGACUGCUUGGAGGACCUGUCAAACCCGAUCUACACGGCAGCCUCAGGAAAGCUUUUGAUCUCCAUCCACAGCGCAAAGCCAGCUGCCUUUGCACUCAUGAUCUCCCCGUCUGUGACCCAUAUCAAGGAGAAUCUCCGCCACACAAAGUCACCUGACCACACGAAGAAUCUCCUGAUUCUGCUGAAUUCUCUACUCGAGUUGCGGUUAGCCCUAAUUGGAGGAGGCGUGGAGCUGAGUGUCGAGGACGCCGAGGCCUUCAAAUCUACCGAGCCGCUACUUGCCCCCAUCUACAAGCAGACGUACCUGCCUCUCUUCCAAAAAGCUCUACAAGAUACUGCGCAACCCGAAGAUAUCACCAUCGGUCAACAGGCAACCAAAGGUCUGGGGUUGAUGGUAUGUCAGAGAGCAGCUCAAAUUGGACAGUCGAACCAGCCGAUGCUUCCAGAAGAAACACUAAACGAAAUUUGCGACAACCUAGCAACUCUUGCGCUUCAAGCCCCUGACGAACCGGCGAAGGACAAGAAUCAACUCAAGAUAUCCGACGAGGCUGCUAUUGCUUUACAAAAGGCUACGAUGGCACACCCGCCGGCGCAACCCAUGCUCAUCGACACAUGCUUCCGAGUCUGUGACGCGUACAGUGCUUCCCCUUCGGCCAACAACUUGGACAGCAUGCACAAUGUUCUCAGGCACAAUCUCGCUAGACUGACCUACGUCUUUUGCUCCGAAUCUCCUCGCUCUGAGAAGCUCAAACACUACACAUACUUCAUGCAAGCGCUUCUGGUUAACCUCUACAAGAUGCAGGACGCCAAAGCUGACCCGAAGAUUUGGUCGGUCAUUGCUACUUACAUAUUCUCGGCCAUGAUUCAGUUCAAGGAAGGAGCCAAAGAACUCAUCAACUUGCCCGUCAAAAACAACUUCAGCGACACGCGAUUCGACGACAACUGGGUUAGCUACGUGGCAAACCGUUUCCCUAAUCUGCCACGCCUCCCUGACGACCAGAUCGUCUCGACGUCAGGGACGGACGAGAGCAAGGAAGUUGACAAUCUUCAAGGAGAUUUCGCCUUGAUCAAUCUGUACGUCACUCGACAGCUCUACAGACGGGCCACCAAGAUCAUCAGUUAUGCCGACAAUUCCGAGCUUUCACUUGCCUUGAGCGACGACUUUGGCAAGAAGGAUCCGGAAGACAAGAAUGAAGAGGAUGCCUACUUGCACCGCCUCUCGAAUAUUGCGAUGUUCACUAUCCAGCACAUGAGCGAAUACCAGCAGACCAACCUGCUUCUGAACGAAGAAGUCGUAACACUCUUCCGUGGAACCGACCAGUAUCGCCAUCCUAAUCCCACCGAGACCCACAGCUGGAACAAUAGUGAGUUGCGAGCGGCCAUGCUGCGGACCAUGGGUCUUCCGCAGACUCCUUACAACAUGAGAGAUCCUCCCCAGUUCCCCAUCAGUGGUUUCAGCCACGGCCGUACUGUCAUCCUCUCCUUGGGCAUUAUUCAAGCUUUCCAUCCAACCACAGUCGAGCGUUUGGUUGAAAGAGGAACCGCACACCAGAUCUUGAUUGCUGGCCUUCUCACCAGAGACCACUCAGACUCGCCAAAGUGCCGGCAAGUCGUUACGGCUAUUCUGUGCGUCAUCGCCAACAAAUACAAGGUUGAGAAUUUGAACGAUAUCGUCCAGAUUAUGGAAUAUCAAAUGAACUUCGUUGUCAGCGAAGAGAGACUGUCUGACCAGCUGGAGCAAAUCACUGGCUACCUCGACCAUGAGGAGAAUGUGGUGGCUGGAAACAGCCCCAACGACCUCAGAGCAGCUCUGGCAAGGCCUGUAUACGCGAUUGUAGUCGGCAUUCUCCGACGCUACACUGGUAACGCUCUCAAGAAUGUUCUCACGGCUAUAACUCAAGGUCCUGGUAAUAAGAAGAUUGGCCACACGCUUGCUCGCAGCAUGGAUUUCAUCUUCAGUGACCUGGACUUCGCAAAGCCCGAGUUCUACGGCCAGCUUAAAAAGCUCUGGGUGCAGAGGGCCUACUACGAGUUGGUCAAGCCCAUGCUGCCCAAGGCUUGGCCUGCCGGCUCGAACAGCAAGGAUGACAUGCUUGUUGCGGCCAAUUAUAGCAUUGCAGUCUUGAGAGCAGUCAGGCACAUCAAGUACGCGCACUACGAGGACGACACGGAGGAUCUUAUCCGAAUCAUUCUCUGCGCGAUCCGCAAUCUGCCGGCUAGCGCAGAUGUAGCAGCCGGUCUCCAGAUCUUGGUGGCCGUCACGGAGAACUCGCCCAGACGCAUGCAACCAUUCCUCAAGAGCAUCAUUGAUGCCUCCCUGUCGAUCUUUAGAAGAGACACGACGCAAGCCGGCGAAGACAACACCUGGAUGCCGGAGAAUUACGUGCCCUUUGACCGUUCCGGAUUCCAGGAAGCGCAAUGCCGGGCCUUGGUCGUUCGUCUCAUCGGGCAACUGCCGCCCAACUUUGAGCAUCGCCAUCUCCUCGACUCGGCGUCCCAGGCCAAGCGCUUGUUGGCUCAGGCCUCUGGAGACGAGUCGCGAAUGGUCAGAGAGGCUGCCCUCAAGUCUCGUAAGGCUUGGGACGAGGUCAACUGA